AUGGGUAAAAAAUUUAAUCAUUCAGAAAUAUUUCCUAAUAACCCAAUGCUCAUGUGUAUAUGCGGUAGUUCCGGUUCUGGGAAAACUCAUCUCACUUUUAACAUGUUGACAACACCAAACCUUUUAGAUUUCGAUUCUUUGUAUAUCUACACAGCAACACCUGGGCAAUCAUAUUAUCAAUUCCUCAAAGCUUUAGAAUAUUUACCAAAGAAAGAUGUUCAAGACAUAUUUCAAUAUUACGAAGAAAACGAAGAAGAAAUGGAAAUAAAAGAUAUCAUAGAUAACUUCAUUAAAGCAAAGAAUCCAUCUUUCAAUCCAACGGAUAUAAAAGUUUUUCUUACGAAAAAUGUUAAUGAUCUAGAUUUGUCUAAAAUUGAUAGCGAGCGAAAGAACUUAAUGUUGUUUGACGACUGCGUAGCGCAAAGAAAUCAAGCUGUUCAACAUGAAUUCUUCACGAAAGGAAGACAUCACAACUGUCACUGCAUAUACCAAUCCCAAUCUUUUAACGGGGUGGAUUCUAUGUUCAUUAGAAAAAAUGCGAAUUGUUUUUUAUUAUUUGAAUUAAACGACAAAGAUUUAUCUCAAAUCGUUCAAUCGAUAAAUCACAGAAUGGACAGAGAUGCAUUUAAAAAGGAGUUAGGUGAUUAUGCUGAAGACAACAAUUCAAUCACAAAAGAAAUAGACGAAUUCGAAGAUAUGGUAUCUGGAGAAGGUAUAACGUUUUUAUCCGACAACAACGAGGAACUACUUAAUAGAUUACGAGUAAUAUUAGCGGCAAUGAAGGAAGGACAUCGAUCACACAGACAAUAUAAUGAAGUAAAUUGUAUAUUAAAAAGACUCCUAGAGAAGGUAUCAUAG